AUGAAGAGCUCCAUUCUUUGUUUCCUUUAUUUCAGAAGAGAGAGUCAGAGAGAGAAAAUAAAGAUUUUCCCUCUCUCUGAUUUUCUCUUUCCUUCUGAUUCUUUUUAUCACCCUUUCUUUCUUUCUCUCUCUCUCUCUCUCUCUCUCUCUCUUGCUAAUUUUCUCAUUCUCUUUCAUUCUCUCUUUUUUUUCCCUUUCACUCAUUAUCCUUCUCACACUUUCUUUCUAAUUGUCUUUUCUAUCAUUCCUCUUUUCACCAUUUGUCUUUGCUGUUCUCUUUUAAUUUCUCUUAAUUUCUACUUUUCUUCUUUCUGUAUUACUCUCUCUUUCUCGUUGGCUCUAAUUUUUCCCAUUGUAAUCUUCUCUCUUUUCCAUUUACUUUCUAAUUCUUUCUAUUUUUCUCAUUCUCUCUCUUUCUCAUUCUUUCUCUCACUUUCCAUCAUAUUCUCUCACGAUUUUCUUUUUUCUCCCUUGUUCGUUAUGUCUAUUUCUCUUUCUUUCUUUCUUUCUUUCUUUCUUUCUUUCUAUUUUUCCCAAUCUUUAUCAUUCUUUCACCAUACUGCCAUUUUCUUCAACUCGCUUUUUUUUAUCUUUUCUCUCAUCUUGAAUCGUCUUUUGCCUAUAAAAAUAUUAGGCAUGUUUCGGCAAUUUCAAAUUUUUUCACAGAUUUAUGGGGAGUAUGCGAAAGUACUAUUUCAAAUAAAUUUAUUGCUUAUCACAGAUUUAGUUAAAAGCGUAAAAAGUGCAGAUGCAAGUCAAUGCGAAAAGGACGGGAAUCGCAAUGAAGAGAAAAGGUGA